GUUGGACCGGCCGCACACACCCGCUUCCGGCUGGGCGCGAUGCUGGGCCGGGCGGCGCGCGGGACCGGGCGGCUCCUGCUGCAGAGCUCCCGGUGGCCGGGGCCCGGGGCAUGGCUGGCCCCAGCCCCAAAGCGAUGCUCCUCCAGUCUGCCCAGGAACACCAUGGUGCUCUUUGUGCCCCAGCAGGAGGCCUGGGUGGUGGAGCGAAUGGGCAGAUUUCACCGCAUCCUGGAGCCCGGUUUGAAUUUCCUCAUCCCACUGCUGGAUCGGAUCCGCUACGUACAGAGCCUCAAGGAAAUCGUCAUCAAUGUCCCGGAGCAGUCGGCCGUCACGCUGGAUAACGUCACCCUGCAGAUAGAUGGCGUCCUGUACCUGCGGAUCAUGGACCCCUAUAAGGUACCAGCGGGGCUCAGUGUGGCCACAGAGAU